AUGCCACUGUUAGGAAACAAGCUUCAUGUCUUAAAUGCGACCGUUAAAAAGACAAAAAAGAACGCAGAAGAAGAACAGGUUACAAAUGAUUUUGUCGUCCCAGAAACGCGAGAAAUUUGCUCUUCAAAAGAAGAACUUGAUCGUAAAAAUGUUAUUUAUGAUGCGAAGGUUUGGACUUGCCGCGUUACUGGGCGCCUUAAUCUCACACAUAAAGAGGCAACCAAGUCGGAACAAGCAUCUAACAAUAUUCUAAAGAAAGCUAUCCAGCCUCACUUCCGUACCGCGAUUUUGGAAGUAGUCCACUUAAACACCCUGGCCCUGGAACCCCUUGUUACUUCCUGUUGGACCAAGCUCCAAGAGCAAUUCUUGGUUGGUGAACCAGUUCUUCUAAAAGUUGAUGCCUCGAAACCUAUUCAUGCCACGAUAAUUGAGGUGGAUUAUACAGUGGAGGAACCGGAGGUGAUUGAUUUGUGUAAUGACAACAGCUCUCCUACUCAAAGCGAUAAAGAAAAUGCUGGGGUAAAACGGUUGCCCAUACCGAAGAAAAAUUAUUCAUACAGCGUCAAAUUGGUGUCUGAGGAACCCGUUGUUGUCAAGCAUGUUCCAUCGCGUUCGAUUCAACGGCUGCACCGCCCCCCAUCCAAGGACCACGUCAGGAUGUUUAUUCGGUCUAAUGCUAUGCGUUAUGGACCAGCAUCUUCUGGACCGUGGAUAGUAGAUCCUUCCGCUUUGCGGCGCUACUGCUCCCAUGUAAAGUCCAAUCAAGAUCCUAUCGAUCGCAAAAAGCUUCGAAAGUUAUCGGAAACGUACGAAGAACGUUACUUUGCUCGAAUCAUGAAUGAACGAUCGCGAAGCGGUCAACAGGUUGAAGAGAACGGCGUAAAACGGUCACCACAAGUGGUUAAAGUGAAAAACUCGGUUUUGCAGGACGGUGCCAGUAAGUCGGAAAAAGUAGUCCCCAAUAAGAAAAAGACGUCAGAUGCCACUCCAAAGAAGAAAUUAAAGCAGGCUACGCUGUCCUUCGGCAAACCGAUCGAUCUAACAAAGGAUGAAACUCCAGAUAAGAGUGAACCAGUUGCUCCUAAGAAACCAGUUCUUCCCCUUACUGCCAAGCGCCUUCUUCGUGCCUUGAAGAAUAACGUCGAAGGAGCAGCACUUACUCUGCACCUAAGUCGAUGCGCUAAGUUGUUAACUGACGAACAGAUUGCCUUCUUGCCUGAGGACAUCCAAAAGCGUAACCUGAAAGAACUGGGCAUCAAGGUUUCCAAGCUUCCGGUUACGCCAUACACUGCUCCGGAGUUUCUUCGGCUGCUGCUCGUUCGCGAAUUAUCUCACGGUUUCACCUCCACUCGAGACAGGACUAUGGCCUUCCUGCGCUCUGUGGGUGUACAUACCAAGGAUGAAUUUGAAGUUGAUUCCACAGUCCCAACGCCGGGAACUGUCAGUCUGGCCAACAAGCUCUCUUCCUUCGAUAUCUUUGCUCUGGAUGCCGAACACAAAAUUCUCCUGCUUGAGCUUCUGAUAGAGCGCCUGCUCGACGUGGAUUCGAUUGACGAUUACAUGCAUUCGACCGACCGCAAAGCAACAAAUGCUUACAACAAGCGCCUUGCUGCCGAGCGUAAUAGGCGGAAACUACUGCCAAACCUUCAAAACAAGAAGGAAACCGGAGGCGAGGACACUGGCGCUGAAACCAAUAGUGAUGCUGACAUGGACGACCUGGCUUCCGUAGUCAAACGAAGACGCCAGUUAGCUGCUCAAGCCGCGUCAGAACGAGAACAUAAGGAGGCACUAGAGCGUGAACGUCGCGAGUUGGAAGCUCAGCUGCUGGCAGAAAACAAGGCAGCUGCCCGGGCCACACAAGAGUACUACGCUGCUGCUCUUGAGGCCCGCAUCGCUCGCCGCAUCACACCCCUUGGUGUGGAUAGGCAAAACCGUCGUUACUGGCAUUUCUUCUGUGCCCCACAUAUGCUCUUCCUCGAGGCGGACUGUGCAGCUGAUGAGAAUUCUCAGAAGCCUAAAACACCACUCAAAGUCUCCGACGCCCUCCCCGAUUCCACCGCUCAAGUGGAUAAGGCAAGCACAUCACUUCCUACCUCACCGCGUCGCACUUCCAACCACACGGCAGCCCUCGAACUGGCUAACUUGCUUGGCUCCGCCUCCAACAGUCGUUGGUUCGUAUUCGAUCAGAGUGAACAGUUGGACCAUCUCAACGACAGUCUAAUGACUCGUGGAUAUCGCGAGGGUCCAUUGAAGAAAGAGCUCUCGCAAAACAAUGUACUCAGCACUGUAAAGGAGCUUUUAGAGGGCAUAAGUAGCGUGCAGAAGGGCAAGCCAGCGCAGGAGGAACUAUCACCGAAAUCCGGCAAAGGAUCCGCCGUUGACCUUGUCACAGCCAAGUGUCGCGGAGACGCCAGAGCCAUCCUCGCAAAUGUUCUCCUUAAGAACAUUUACGAGACAGAGAUCCACCUGAGAGAUGGUGGUCUCGGUGGGGUUCCAGACUUCCCCUCCUGGGUGUCAGCUGUUUUGGCAGUCCAGUCUCGUUUCGGCCUUGUCUUCUCCCUCACCAAGGACGCUGUAACGCCGACUAAGGGUGAAGCCGAUUCAAAUAUCCACGGCUCUGACCUGCAGGCACUGUCUGAAAUCCUGGUUGAGGUGGGUGACAACGUGCUUCGACGCUACCUUAAUGUGCCUAAACCAAAGGAAUACAAGAAGAAGGCAAGGAGGAAAGGGGAGGACGUGGAUGGUUAUGAGGACAAUGCCAUGACCACUUGGGGUCAGUUUGGCAAGUCUGAUGCCACUGAAGAGGAGGAGGAAGAAAACAGCACCAGUAAUGAAGACGAGGAAGAAGACUCCGCUGCAACUUUAACGGAAUUUGACCGCCUGAAGGCUCGCGAGGCUGACGUAGAGGUUUGGAUCAACACUUGGCGAGACCAAGUCAGAGCUGCCUCCACGAUUUCCCGACUCAAUCUUCUUCAUGCUUGCCUGGAUGCCUGCAUAGUGUGGGAAAAGUCGGUCGAGAAUGCCCGUUGUCGAAUCUGCCGUCGCAAGAAGGAUGAUGAGAAGCUGCUGCUCUGCGAUGGUUGUAACCAGGGCUUCCACCUGUACUGCCUCCGGCCCCCACUGAAGUCGAUCCCGCGCGGCGAUUGGUUCUGUGUCUCCUCUUCAGCCUCCAGCAUGCUCAACAACAAUAAUGAUGCUACCUGUCUGGUCUGCAACCGGGACUGCGGUGACUUGAUCGGCUGCUCCUCCUGUCCCAACUCUUUUCACCUUCAGUGCCACAACCCCAUAGUUCGUCCCGCCCAGACACGAACUCUGUGGCUGUGCAGUGUCUGUCGCUUUUCGGGAUCCAAAGCAGGCAGUUCGGCGAUCGCCCAAGCCCUGCGACCUCGCGGCUCCAGUCGCUAUCUACGGUUGCAUCGAAUGUCGACCGGUGAGCCAAUUAAACGACCACAUUCGGGUUCUGAUAAUGAGAGUAGCGUCACCACAGAGGCAAAUGGCAGUGUUGUGUCUGGUGAUGAUGAUGACGACCAGGACAGUGAUGCUAGUGGACCAGGGCGGUGCCUUCGACGAUCCUCCAGAUAUUCCAAUUCAAGUACGCGGGAACCUCCAACAAAAAAGAUGCGCUCCUCCAACGCCGCUCCGAGCCCAUCCCCAGCAGAGCCAACAUGUGCCGAUAUUGUUGCUGCGGUGUGUCGCAACAGAAAUUCAUGGCCUUUCCGUGAGCCAGUUGAUCCCACACAGGUCCCCGACUAUUACGACAUAAUCGUUGAACCUAUCGACUUAUCGAUGAUCCAAAAACGACUCUCAGAGGGUUGUUACGAUGGUCCAAAGGGUCAUGCAGUACUUGCUGCGGAUCUGGGCAAAAUGUUUUAUAAUGCCGAAUUGUACAAUUCCGCAGACUCUGAGGUCUGGGUAGCUGGCUCACACUUAGAGCACUUUGUGCAAUCUCUGUUCAGGAAGUGUUCCCCUCGUGAGUAA